AUAGAGAUGAGUCUUGAGGAAAACGCAACCAGUAGAUGGGAUUCUCCAACCCACAUACAAUUACCAGAACAACCGUCGYCCAGAUUCACCAACAGGUUUAUCCGUUUGAAAAUUACAUAUUGGAACAAAGGAUACGCUAUAGUUUUGCUCGGAAUUGUAGGUUUAUGUAUCACGUCACUUCAAUUUAGUACAUAUUAUAGAUUUAUUGAGUUUAUGGAACAACAAAAUAAAAUUGAUUAUACUCAUUUUGGUUGCUUAUCUUACAAUAUGGAUGGAUAUUAUAUCGGUUUAAUACCUGGUGGUGUUUUAGCCACUGUUUAUCCGGCUCACAAUAUCUUAGGAAUUUUCGUCACCAUAUCGUCGAUUGGUCAGUUAAUUUCAGUCAUAAGUAUAAGUUACUUAAACACUCACACACAUUGUUUUUUACAAUUUUUUGUCGGAAUGACAAUGGCCGUUGUGGAUGUGUCACUUUACAGAGUUUGGACGUAUUGGGUCCCACAAGAUAAACAGUCAAUACGUCACUUUCCAAUAGUAUUGUCYAUGUCGAUAUUUAAUGGUGGAUAUCUCCAUGACACUUUUAAUAAAUUCCACGAUACACAUUCGUCUUAUCYUUUAACUCUAUUUAUUGGUGUAAUUGGAUUGGCGUGGUACGUUUUAUGGUUGUAUGUGAUUAAUGGAAAAUAUUCAUUUCGGAGCCUAAACAGCGAUUUUAUUUUGUUUGGGGGUGUGAACACCUCGCGAUAUUCUUUUGGAACAAAUGGUGUAUCAUUAACCCGAUCAAUCGUAUCGGACAUUCCAUGGAAAUCGAUUAGUACUUCUAAGCCAGUUCUUGCGAUUGCCUUAUUAUACGUGUGUGAUACUCUAAUUUUAGAUUCAUAUUACGGUAGUGCUUUAUACGGUGACUACGUAUUCGAAUGGACCACGAGAAAUUACACGAUCAUCUUAUUAACACUCUUCGUCGUCUUGGUCGAAUUAGUUCCAGAAAUCACCGUACCUUUUUCUACCUCCAACGUCAGAAAGUUUUGGAGUUGCUCAUAUUUCGGUUCAAUGGGUAUAUUUUUUGUUCUGGAGGCCAUUUUAGGCAAUACUGUGAAUACAAAUAAAAUGUUAAAAUAUUAUUUUAAAGAAAUGCAUUAUCUUUAUAAUUUCGGAUUCUACAUAAAUAUUUUAGACAUCGCACCAAAAUAUGCUAGUUUAUUGAAUAGUUUACUGCUAAGCAUACAUUAUAUUUCCAUCCAUUUGUGGGUUGAUGCCGUAAAUAGAAUAUUGAGUUCUGAAAUGCUUAGCAAAAUUGAGUCUGCUAUCCUGAUGAUGAUAAUAUGUUUUACGGUAGCUGUGUUGUACGCCAAUUUUACUUCGGUAGAACUACAACCAUGGGCAGCAGAUGAACCGGAGGAAGAAAAUCAACAAAAUAUAGUUGAGAGUUACAAUAAUGUAUAAUGAUUUAUCCAUCGGCGCAACUAGAAAUUUCAACAAGGCGGUGCUUAAGCUGAAGGGUUUUUGUGACUUAAUGGGACCUAACAUUUUAAACAAUUUUAAAGAUGCUAAUUUUGACUAAAGGCCUAAAGGGUGCUAAAGACCCAAAGCACUCUCCCUAAUUGCGCCAAUGGAUUUACCAUGUAUAUAACAAUAUAAUUAAAUUAUGCA